GUAAGAUUAAUGAUAAAAGUUAUCAAAGGUCUGUUAUAGAAUUAGAACGGGAUAUGAGAUACAUGUGCGAAAGACUUGGGUUAAUAAUAACCAUGUAUGACCUUAAAAAGAAGAUUGAUUAUAAAUUUGAGGAUCCCGAAUUAGAAACUAACUUUACUAUCACUGAAUUUAUUUCACGAAGUAUUAAAUAUAGGGGUCAAGAACCAUUAUCUUCUCAUUUGACAUUUGAAACUUCACAGGGCUCAUUACACCGUAAAUUACGUAAAAAAGAUUUCCCAGAAGAGAUUGUCAAUGACGGUUGUAGUACACCUGAAUUAACCGAUUCCAAUCUGGAAUAG